UCAUUCGAACUAUUUAGUUCGUUUACAAGUGACAGCUGAUGACAGCGUGCACCUCGAUAAAAACAACGAGACGAUGGCGUUAUCAGAGACGACCGAGAAGAAUGCUGCCUCAAACGAAGGAGCCAAAGAUAAAAGGGAGAAGCUCAGCACCAAGGUGAUCAUCCGAAGAUUGCCUCCGGGCAUCACGCAAGCGGAUUUCCUCAAUCAGGUGUCCCCAGCACCGGACUACGAUUAUAUCUACAUGGUGCGCGGGGAUAUGUCCCUCGGCGAGAACGCCUUCUCCAGGGUGUACAUCAACUUCUGCAACCCCGAGGACGUCUACCUGUUCAAAGAUAAAUUCGAUAACUACGUUUUCGUAGACACUAAAGGCCAUGAGUAUCCAGCAGUAGUUGAGUACUCAUCCUUCCAGAAGGUCCCCAAGAGACGCAAAGCGCGCCCCGACCCAAAGAUCGCUUCCAUCGAAGCUGACCCAAUCUACAUUGAAUUCCUGGAAUCACUCAAGGAGCAGCCCACUAAUGAGGAGAAACCUGAAUUCUCCUAUCAACCCUCAACUGAGAACAAGAAUGAUUCAACAACACCUCUGCUAGAUUUCCUCAAACAGCGUAAAAUGGAUAGAAUGAGGUUGCGCGAGGAGAAGCGUGAGGAGCGCAGAAAGAAGGAAAUCGAGAAGAAGAAGCUGAAGGAAGACGAUCGCAAAAAACGGAUCGAAAUCAAGCAGAAACCGGCACAAAAGGAAACGGAACCCAGCAAAGCUAAGGAAGACUCCAAAGAAGAAGCUAACGAAAAACCUUUAGAAAAAUCACCGGUUAAAAAUAAAGAUAAAAAAUAUGAAGAUAGAAAGGGGAAGAAGUUUGGUAAAUUCGAGGAUAAAAAGGAGUUCAAGAAUCGCAGAGAUGAUUACUACGGAAGAAACAAAUUCGAUGGCGAGAAGAAAACCGAUAAUCCGCCCAAAGAAACGGUGAAGAAAAUCAAAAAGUACAGCGAAAGGCGCGAGGAGAGGCGAAACGAGGCGAACAAGGCAGAGCACAAGAAGGAGAAGGAAGCCGACAGUAAUAAGGCGGAAUCUGAGAAUAAACCGAAAGGUGAGAACGCAAAGUCCGAAGAGUCGAAGCACGAUGAUAAAAAGAGCGAUUCUGCUGAUGGUGAAGCAGGAGGAGGUGGAGGAGAGACCAGCAGACACAAGAACAAGGAUAACGAUCCAAGAGCCCAGAGGAGGAUCAGAAACAAGGACAGACCAACUAUGGCCAUCUACAAGCCUGGCAUGCUGAGAAAGAAGUCCGUGGAUAACGAUGGAAGCAAAGAUUGCGAGAAGGAGAAGAGUAAUCCUCCGGAGCAGAAUUUAGAGCAGGAAUGAAUGAAACAAGAAGAGAAAAGAAAACAUGUUUAUU